AUGGCAAGACGAGUCCCAAUCGAUGCUACUUUAAUUCUUGCCUCCAUCAUUAUAGCUGCUGUGGGUUUUAAAGAAGGUUGCGCCUUGGAAUCACAUUACUGUCCGGGUAGCGAGACCCACCUAGAUGUAGAGCAACGGCAGCAGGUACCGUGUGAUGCCAUCUAUGACCCGAUUUACAUACUAGAGGGAUGGCAAUGGAACCAGAAUAAAGCACCUGCUCUGUUGGAUGGGGAGAAUGUGUGCGAAUUGGUCAGAGUUGUGCAGCAAGAGCAGAUUAAGACCAUUCUGGUAUGCUGUCCAGGGUACGAAGGAAUCCUCUGCGAAAUACAUCCGCAGAUUGAAACAUUUCCAGUCAUGAAUUACUAUGGCAACCAGACAAUGGACCUUGCUUCACGCUCCUAUGCAACUUGCCUGUCAUGGAGCAGAGAUCAUUUCCGAUCAUUUGACGGAGUUGAUUUUAGCUUUGCUGGGGACUGUACAUACACGUUGGCUGCAGGAAUUGAUGGCACAUGGGAUGCCACGCUGAAGAACAACAAAUGUGAUUUGUUGGAUACCUGCUACAAAACUCUUGAGCUGAUCCUUGGCAUGGAUGUUGUCACAGCAAAUGGCAGAAAUGUUUUCAUCAAUGACAAGAGAAUCACAAAUUUUCCCUACUUGAAUAAUGGUAUAUCUUUGAAGCGAGUUGGUGAUUUUACAUUUCUUGAGAGUGGUCUUGGAGUUCUUGCCAAGUGGGAUGGGUUGAUGACGGUUGAGCUGACUGUGUUAUCUGAACUGCGUCAAUCUACACUAGGACUGUGUGGGACAUUUGAUGAUGACCCUACAAAUGAUUUGACUGCACGAAGUGGUGAGGUGGCCAGUAAUCAGAUUCAGUUUGUCGCAUCAUGGGAGGUGCCAGGACCUGGUGAGGUGUGUCCACCGUUGUCAGAAGUGCAUCCAUGCAGUGUCAACCAUGAUCAGGAGGGUGUUGCCUAUUCACUCUGUAGAGUCAUAGAACUUGCUGAAGAAUUCCAACAGUGCCAUUCGGUGGUGAGCCCCUUGGAUUACAUCACCCAGUGCCAAUACGACAUCUGUGAAUUUGGAGGUUCAGAUGAAUCCAUUAUGGCUGCUCUCUGUGUGAAUCUUGAGGCAUAUGCUCGAGUUUGUGCGAGCAGAAAUGUGGCCCUUAACUGGCGUAGUGAGGACUUGUGCCCGAAGCAGUGUCCUGAUACCCAGGUCUACUCUGAAUGCGGGACCCUAUGCCCUCCAACCUGCACUUCAGCUAACACUGACCACUGCCCUUCAGACUGUGUGAGUGGUUGCCACUGUCCUGAGGGUACCGUCCUGGAAGAUGGUCGUUGUGUCAAUGUAGAAGAAUGUCCAUGUGUGCAUAACAGGGAGAAGUACCCACCAGGAGCUAGCGUGUCAGUCAAGUGCAAUUCUUGCACCUGUCAUGCAGGUAAGUGGUCUUGUAGCAACGAUGUCUGCCAGUCCACCUGUCAUGUUGUGGGUGAUCCUCACUACUUGACAUUUGACAAGAAGAAGUACACCUUCAUGGGGCACUGCCGCUACAUGCUGGUUGAGGAUUAUGUUGAUGGGUCACUGUCCAUCAUUGGAGAGAAUCAAAACUGUGGUUCUGGACACUCAGUGACCUGUACCAAAGCUGUCAUUGUCAAAGUCAACAACACUGAGGUCUACCUUAAGCAAGGCAAGGAGGUUGAAGUGAAUGGUGUUCAUAUCCAACCACCAUUUGUCAAUCACCAUGUCUCCAUCCGUAGAGGGUCAUCCAAGUUCCUGAUUCUAGAAGCUUUUGGAAUGAGCCUAAAAUGGGAUGGAAUUGACAGAUUGUACAUAACACUGGCUCCAAGCUACAUGUACAAGGUUCGUGGACUGUGUGGAACCUUUGAUUCCAACCAAAACAAUGACUUCAUGACACCAACUGGCGAUAUAGAGACUAAUAAAGUCUCCUUCACCAACAAGUUUGUAGUUGACCCAGGUUGUUACGAGCCUGAGACAACAGUGUCUCUUCCACCUUGUAGUCUGAACUCACACAUGGCAAGCUUUGCGGAAGCAAAGUGUGGCAUUAUGAACGAGGAUGUCUUCCGUGCUUGCCACGGAAGUGUCAGUCCUGACCUGUACUAUGAUAUCUGCAUGUAUGAUGUGUGCGGGUGUGAUACGGCAUUCACUACUACGUGUCUGUGUGAGUCUGUUGCCGGGUAUGCCAUGGAGUGUGCUAAUGAGGGCAUAUUCAUUGACUGGAGAGAGCAUGAAUUGGUCGCCAAGUAUUGUGAUAUAUCUUGUCCAGGGAGCCAAGUGUACAGCACUUGUGGGCCAACCUGUGGCCAAUCAUGUCGAGAUCUGAGCCUACCAUGUAUCGAGACCGACUAUUGUGUUGAGGGGUGUAACUGUCCAGAAGGAUCGGUAUUGGAUGAUGAUGGUAACUGCAUAUCACCGCCACAGUGCCCCUGCUACUGGGAUGAUCAGGUGUUUGCCCCUGGCACAGAAAUGGAACGGUCCUGCUUGACAUGUACAUGUGUGAAUGGUACAUUUGACUGUAUUGGCGAGGAAUGCAAUGAGACAGUGAUUUGUCCUAACAAUCAAAUAUUUGAUCAUCAUGCUACACCUUGCCCAUUGACUUGUGAUAACUUGGACCAUUACCAGCCAUGUGUCGCAUCAACUAGGCCAGGAUGUAUGUGUCCUGAGGGAUAUGCAUUAGAUGAUGAAGUUUGCAUUCGGCCUUCUGAAUGUCCCUGUUAUCAUGGUGGUCAUAGUUACCAACAUGCAGAAAUGUUACAGAUAGAUGCAUGUAAUCAAUGUGUUUGCAAAGGAACCAUAUGGGAAUGCACUCACAAAGUUUGUCCGGCUGUGUGCUCUGCUGUUGGAGAGGGUCACUAUACAACAUUUGAUGGUCGGAUGUAUUCAUUUGUUGGUGACUGCCGCUACACACUAGCACAGUCUGUCAACAACACAUUUUCCAUUGAGGUUGAGAAUGUUGUAUGUGGCUCCAGCGGCAUCACUUGCACUCGAGCAAUUGAAAUCAACAUUGGUGAUUACGUCAGUAUCUUCUUGGUGCGAGGAGGAGAGGUCACCAUCAAUGGUGUCAAAAUUCAGCUGCCUAAGCAUUACUACUCUCUGCAAAUUGAGAAGUCUGGGUUCUUUUACACCAUCACAUCUGAUAUCGGACUCAGGGUGCUGUGGGAUGGAGGUACUCGAGUCUAUGCUGAAGUACAGCCAGAAUUUGGUGGACAACUGUCUGGCCUUUGCGGGAACUUUGACGGAAACCAAGAAAAUGACUUCACAGCAUGGAAUGGAGGUCUUGAGCAGAGUGCUGAUAACUUUGCUAAUAGUUGGAAGGUCAGUGCUGGCUGCCCGGAGCUGUACAAGGAAGAUGUCAUUCAUCCAUGCACGGCGAAUGGGCACAGGGAGGCAUGGGCCAAUCGACGGUGCAACAUCCUCAUGCAGCCGACCUUUGAACUCUGUCAUGCCCUCAUUGACCCAUCACCCUACCUAGAGAACUGCAUCUAUGAUUCCUGCGGAUGUGAUAUGGGAGGUGAUUGUGAAUGUCUUUGUACAGCAAUAGCUGCAUAUGCAAUGGAAUGUUCACGCAGUGGCAUACACAUAAAAUGGAGGUCACAGGAUCUGUGUGCGAUGCAGUGUGAGGAUGGCUUUGAGUAUUCAGCCUGCGGACCAUCUUGCCAAGAAACUUGUCAAACCAUUGGUGAUGAGAGACCAGAAUAUUGCAAUGGAUGUGUAGAAGGAUGCCACUGUCCAGAUGGAAUGGUAGUGCAAGAUGGUGGAUGCGUUCCUGCUGAUGAAUGUCCGUGUUACCAUGGCAAUGCAGAAUAUCCACCAAGAACAAUUUUGUCCAUGGACUGCCAGAAUUGCACCUGCGAGAGAGGGAAGUUUAAGUGCUUAGGAGAACCUUGUAAUAUAACAUGUUCUGAUAAUGAGUAUCAGUGUAAUAGUGAGGAGUGCAUACCAGCUGGCUGGACAUGUGAUGGUGAAGAUGAUUGCCAUGACGGAUCUGAUGAGCUGGAUUGCGUGUACACCUGUGCAUCUGACCAAUACACCUGUGCCAAUGGCCGUUGCAUUGAUUCAAGCUUCUACUGUGAUGGAACUCAAGACUGUGAUGAUAACUCAGAUGAAGUGGAUUGCCCUCGUCCAACUUGUUACGGUGGUGAAUUCCAGUGCAACAAUGGCAAAUGUGUCUCUAGAUCCUUUGUUUGUGAUGGUGAUAUGGAUUGUGGUUUCAAUGAUCCGGCUGAUGAGGAGAAUUGUGACACAACAACGGCAUUUUCAAAUACAACCGUCACUGCACAAUCAGGCAGCACACAUGAAACCAUCACUGAUACUUACACUACAUCCCCUUAUGCAUGCGGUCCAGAUGAGUUCACCUGUAAGAAUGGCCUGUGUGUUUCUGGAGGGAUUAACGGAAGUGUUUGUAAUGGCAUCAAUGAUUGUGGAGAUUCAUCUGAUGAGGAAUACUGUGGCACUACGCCACAACCACUCCAGACGACCACAGUGAUUGGGUGCUUGAUUAACCAGUGGCAGUGUGUGAAUACAAGAGAGUGCGUCCAAUCAUCCUAUCGUUGUGACGGGGUUCCAGACUGUGAGGAUGCAUCAGAUGAAUUGAACUGUGUUUACUCUACCAGCAAGCCGCUGACUACCACCCAACCAAAUGUACCUUACGUCACUACCACAUCUUAUGUUGAAAGAACAAUUCCCAUACAGGCAACAACCACAAAGCCGUACACGCAACAACCUAGCACCAGUGUGAAGUUAUCUACAGGUUUGAGUCUGCAACCCGGGACAUCUACUCCCAUUCCUUAUGAAAUAUCCACUGCUCAGUUUCACUCCACACAAUCCAUUUUAACACCUGUAUCACCACACUUCAAAAAGACCAAAUCACCUGCAACAACAUAUUUAACCCCAGCUGUGACAGAAGUGACCUAUCCACAUGUGCCUUCUGUAACUACACCUUAUUUGCCGGUGCCAACCACGACUUAUUUGAAAGAGCUUACAACUCCAAUAAGACCGAUAGUGACCACUCCAUAUGUGCCAGAGAAAACCACUCCAUAUGUGCCACCAGUGGCCACACCCUAUGUGCCAGAGGUAACCACACCUUAUAUGCCAGAGCAAACCUCUCCAUAUGUUCCUCUGGUGACCACAAUCUAUUCUCCAGAGGCUACUAUCCCAUAUGUUCCAACAAUGACCACACCCAAUGUGCCAAAAGUAACCACACAGUAUGUGCCAGAAGUAACCUCUCCAUAUGUUCUACCAGUGACCACACCCUAUGUGGCAGAGGCAACCACUCCAUAUGUUCCACUAGUGUCCACACCCUAUGUACCAGAGGUAACCACACCUCAUGUGCCAGAAAUGACCUCUCCAUAUAUUCCACCAGUGACAACACCCUACGUGGCAGAGGCAACCACUCCAUAUGUUCCACCAGUGUCCACACCCAACGUACAAGAGGUAACCACACCUCAUGUGCCAGAGGUAACCACUCCAUAUGUUCCAUCCUUGACAACACCCUACGUGGCAGAGGCAACCACUCCAUAUGUUCCACUCGUGUCCACACCCUAUGUGCCAGAAGUAACCACACCCUAUGUACCAGAGGUAACCACACGACAUGUGCCAGAGGUAACCACUCCAUAUGUUCCACCAGUUACAACACCCUUUCUGGCAGAAGCAACCACUCCAUAUAUUCCACCCUUGACAACACCCUACGUGGCAGAGGCAACCACUCCAUAUGUUCCACUAGUGUCCACACCCUAUUUGCCAGAAGUAACCACACCCUAUGUGCCAGAGGUAAUCACAUCUCAUGUGCCAGAGGUAACCACUUCAUAUGUUCCACCAGUGUCCACACCCUCUGCACCAGAGGUAAACACACGACAUGUGCCAGAGGUAACCACUCCAUAUGUUCCACCAGUGACAACACCCUUUGUGGCAGAGGCAACCACUCCAUAUGUUCCACCUGUGACAACACCCUUUGUGGCAGAGGCAACCACUUCAUAUGUUCCACUAGUGUCCACACCCUCUGCACCAGGGGUAACCACAACUCAUGUGCCAGAGGUAACCACACCAUAUGUUCCAUCAGUGACAACACCCUUUGUGGCAGAGGCAACCACUCCAUAUGUUCAACUAGUGUCCACACCCCAUGUGCCAGAAGUAACAACACCCUAUGUACCGGAGGUAACCACAUCUCAUGUGCCAGAGGUAACCACUCCAUAUGUUCCACCUGUGACAACACCCUACGUGGCAGAGGCAACCACUCCAUAUGUUCCACUAGUGUCCACACCCUUUGUGCCAGAAGUAACCACGCCCUAUGUACCAGAGGUAACCACAUCUCAUGUGCCAGAGGUAACCACUUCAUAUGUUCCGUCAGUGACAACACCCUACGUGGCAGAGGCAACCACUCCAUAUGUUCCACUAGUGUCCACACCCUAUGUGCCAGAAGUAACCUCGCCCUAUGUACCAGAGGUAACCACUCCAUAUGUUCCACCAGUGACAACACCCUACGUGGCAGAGCCAACCACUUCAUAUGUUCCACUAGUGUCCACACCCUACGUGGCAGAGGCAACCACUUCAUAUGUUCCAUUAGUGUCCACACCCUACGUGGCAGAGCCAACCACUUCAUAUGUUUCACUAGUGUCCACACCUUAUGUGUCAGAGGUAACCACAUCUCAUGUGCCAGAGGUAACCACUUCAUAUGUUCCACCAGUGUCCACACCAUCUGCACCAGAGGUAACCACACGUCAUGUGCCAGAGGUAACCACUCCAUAUGUUCCACCAGUGACGACACCCUUUGUGGCAGAGGCAACCACUCCAUAUGUUCCACUAGUGUCCACACCCUAUGUGCCAGAAGUAACCACACCCUAUGUGCCAGAGGUAACCACAUCUCAUGUGCCAGAGAUAACCACUUCAUAUGUUCCACCCGUGACAACACCCUACGUGGCAGAGGCAACCACUCCAUAUGUUCCACUAGUGUCCACACCCUACGUGGCAGAGGCAACCACUCCAUAUGUUCCACUAGUGUCCACACCCCAUGUGCCAGAAGUAACCACACCCUAUGUACCAGAGGUAACCACAUCUCAUGUGCCAGAGGUAACCACUUCAUAUGUUCCACCAGUGUCCACACCCUCUGCACCAACGUUGACUACACCAUAUGUGCCUAGUGGCACAUUGAAAGCGUCUUCUGCUCCAACUCUUCAGUACAAUACACGAUCACCUGAGUCAUGCCCAUUCUCCUACACGCUGCUUGAUCAGCUGAUCUUGGAGCCGAAGUCCUUUAAUGCCUCCUCUUCUGAGCCAGGAAACAGCCCUGCUAAUGCCCGGCUGGACAAUCUCAAACGUAGUACCUAUAUAGCAUGGGCACCUGCAACAAAUGACCAAGGUCCGAGUGUUACGAUUGACCUGGGAUCAGAGAAGAUUAUCAAUGGCUUAGCCGUGCAAGGAGGUGGGUUUGGUACUGACGAGUAUGUGACUCUCUUCAAUGUGUUCUACAGUGUUGAUGGAGAGGAAUUCACACCUGUUGAGACACCUGAUUGGGAAGAUGCGGUCUUUGAAGGAAACAAAGAUGACCAUACCAUUCAAAUGGACCCCCUUCCAGCACCUAUCGUUGCACGAUUCUUCAGGAUCUCUGUAUUAGAAUAUCAUGGAGGAAUCAGGUUGAGAUGUGCAAUCCUCGGAUGUGAGUUAUAUCUAGAAUAUACAACUCCAGCUGCAACUUCUACCUUUGUGACCACACCAAGUGGUACAACACCUUCAGCCUGUCGCCCUGGUCAGUUUCAGUGUACCAAUGGUUUAUGCAUCGAUGCUGGACUUGAGGGUCAACUGUGUGAUGGAAUUAAUGACUGUGGAGAUUACUCCGAUGAGAAGGGCUGUGGUACCACAUUACCCUCAGCAACCAAAGAGAUGACUUCAUUAUACACAAUAGCAUCUACCUCUCCAUACCUGCCAAAAACAACCAUAUCGAAUGUACCAUCACAACAAAAUACCACACCUUACUUAAAAGUGGCGACCACACCUCGUCUACUUCAAGAGACCACUUUCUAUCACUCGACCACACCUAAUGUACUUAAAUCAACCCCUCUGUCAUAUAUCACAACCGUGUACACACCACAGGUAACCACACCCCACAGAAAUUGGGCCACAUCCCCAAAAUUUAAAAAGGAAACUACAACUUAUUAUGAUGAAAGAACUCAAUUAUUAACAUCUCAGCCGCCUGCAACUUCGCCUAAAAUAUCACUCACAACUGAAUAUGUUGUUCCUGGGACUUCAACACCUAUACCCCUUGAACAGACAACAGUUCGGAGUUAUAUGUCACAACCUCUUCUGUCUCCGACCCAGACCAAUCUUCAAACAUCCCCAAUCUCUGAGGCUACAGAAACAUUUACAGAAUUGAAACCUGUACAUCCGCCAACUGAAAUUGCAACAUAUCUCCCUCCAUACUUUUCAACACUGCAAAUGUUAAAGUCAUCUACCGCAAAUAUUCCAUGGGUAUCAACACCAUAUCUACAACCAAAGACGACCCCAUACAUACCAGAAGUGACCACACCCUAUGCAGCACCAAUGACAACACCAUAUAUACCACCAAUAACCACACCUUCUUCGUCAGAGGCAACUCCUUCAAACAUGCCAUUAGUGAUCACAUCGAAUGUACCAGAACUAAUCACGCCUUAUAUUAAAGAGGCAACAUCUCAAAGUGUGUCACCACUUACUUUUACGCAGGCAGUAACCACUCCAUACGUGCUGAAAGUGACACCUCAUGUGCCAGAAGUGACUACACCUUAUGUUAAGGAGGUAACCCCUCCAUACGUGCCAGAAGUGACCACACCAUAUGUUAAGGAGCUGACCACCUCAUACGUGCCAGAAGUGACCACAUCUUAUAAUAAGGAGGUAACUACUCCAAUGACCACAGCUCAUGUGCCAGAAGUGACCACACCAUAUGUUGAGGAGGUAACCCCUCCAUACGUGCCAGAAGUGACCACACCUCAUAUGUCAGAAGUUACCACACUUUCUUUUAAGGAGCUAACCACUUCAUAUGUGCCAGAAGUGACCACACCUUAUAAUAAGGAGGUAACUACUCUAUAUGUGCCACCAGUGACCACAACUCAUGUGCCAGAAGUGACCACACCUUAUGUGCAAGAAGGUACUAUGCCUUCUGUUAAGGAGCUAACCACUGCAUAUGUGCCAGAGGUGACCACAUCUUAUAAUAAGGAGGUAACUAGUACUACAUAUGUGCCACCAGUGUCCACAGCUCAUGUACCGGAAGCGUCCACAUCAUAUGUUAAGAAGAUAACCACCCCAUACGUACCAGAAGUGACCACACCUUCUGUUAAGGAGGUAUCCACUCCAUACAUGUCCCCAUCGACCACAGCUUACGUGCCAAAAGUAAGCACACCUUACAUACCAGAGGUAACCAAACCUUUUAUGCCUGAGGUAACUAUACCAUAUCAAACUCCAGUGUCCACAGCAUAUUCUCACCAAACAAGUACAAGAGUAACAUCUCAGCAACCUGUAACCUCCUCCAAAACACCCUUUACAAGUGUACAUGUUGUUCCCGGGACUUCAACACCUAUACCCCUUGAACAGACAACAGUGCAGAGACAUUCAGCACAGCCUAGUUUGUCUCCAACCGCCCCAACCUAUCUUCAAACAUCCCCAAUUUCUCAGGCUACAAACAGUUUUACAGAAUUGAAACCUGUACAUCCGCCAACUGAAAUUGCAACAUAUCUCCCUCCAUACUUUUCAACACUGCAAAUGUUAAAGUCAUCUACCGCAAAUAUUCCAUUUGUAACAACACCAUAUCUCCAGCAAAAGACCACCCCAUACAUACCAGAAGUGACCACCCCCUACGUGGCACCAAUGACAACACCAUAUAAACCACCAAUAACAACACCUCAUCUGCAAGAAGUUACUACACCUUAUAUUAAGGAGGUAACCACUUCCUAUGUGCCAAAAGUGACCACACCUUAUGUUAAGGAGAUAACCACACCUUUUGUGCCAGAAGUGACUGAACCUCAUUCACCACCAGUGAGCACACCUUAUAUUAAGAAGGUGACCACUCCACACGUGUCACCAGUGACUACAGCUUAUGUGCCAGAAGUGACCACGUCUUAUGUUAAUGAGGUAUCCACUCGGUAUGUGCCACCAGCAACCACACCUUACACGCAAGAGGUAACCAAACCUUUUGUGCCUGAGGUAACUACUCCAUAUCUGGCUCCAGUGACCACAGCAUAUUCCCACGAAACAACUACACAAGCAACACCUCAUCAACCUAUAUCCUCUUCCAAAUUACCUCACACAACUGUAAAUGUCCCUGGGACUUCAACACCUAUACCCCUUGAACAGACAACAGUGCGGAGGUAUUCGUCACAGCCUGUUCCGUCUCCAACCGCCCCAACCUAUCUUCAAACAUCCCCAAUUUCUCAGGCUACAAACAGUUUUACAGAAUUGAAACCUGUACAUCCGCCAACUGAAAUUGCAACAUAUCUCCCUCCAUACUUUUCAACACUGCAAAUGUUAAAGUCAUCUACCGCAAAUAUUCCAUCUGUAACAACACCAUAUCUGCAACCAAAGACCUCCCCAUAUGUGCCAGAGGUGACCACUCCUUAUGUAGCACCAAUGACAACACCAUAUAUACCACCAAUAACCACACCUGAAGUGACUACACCUCAUAUGAGGGAGGUAUCCACUCCAUACGUGCCACCGGCGACCACACCAUAUGUACCAGAAUUGACCACUCCAUUUGUGCCACCAGCGACCACGCCUUAUGUACCAGAAGUGACCAAUCCAUAUGUGCCACCAGCGACCACACCUGUUGUGCCAGAAGUGACCAAUCCAUAUGUGCCACCAGGGACCAUACCUCAUGUACCAGAAGUGACCAAUCCAUAUGUGCCACCAGUGACAACACCUUUUUUGCAGGAGGCAACCACUCUAUCCAUGCCACCAGCGACCACACCUUAUGUACCAGAAGUGAGGACUCCUUAUACAUCACCAGUGACCACACCUCAUCUGAUGAAGCUGACCACUCCAUAUAAACCCCCAGUGACCACACUUCAUGUAACAGAGGUGAAGACACCCUAUAUCCCAGAGGUGACCACUGCAUAUGUGCCACCGCAGUCAACAACUUAUGUACAAAUGGUAACCACUGAACAUUUGCCAUCCUUGACCACACCCAGUGUGCCAAAGUUAACUACUCCACAUAUGCCACAAGUGACAACGCGCACUGUUAGCACCUGUUACAGUGGUCAGUUCACCUGUAGGGAUGGUUCUUGUGUGUCUGGCCAGAAUGUAUGUGAUGAGGAGUGUGAUUGUUCGGAUUGCUCUGAUGAACAUGUGUGUGGCAAUAGGACUACACUUGUAUCAUGGACAUCACCACCCAAUGAGGUAACACAGGAACCUGCCACUAGCACUACUCUAGAAGUCUCAAUACCCAUUACAUCAUCUGAACCCGUUGACUGCACUAUGAAUCCAUGGACAGAGUGGACACCCUGCUCGUUAAUAUGCGGCAUAGGUCAGAGGUCACGCGACCGUUCUCAUGUCCGGUCACCGAAUGGCGGUGCUGAGUGUAAUAGCACAGAGACUCAUCAGGACGAAUUUUGCAACGUAAAUCCUUGCCCUACUGAUGGUAACUGGACCUCUUGGAGUGCCUGGGCUGACUGUGACAAGACCUGUAACGGUGGUACCUCAUUUAGAUAUCGCAACUGCAGUAACCCACCCCCUAAGAAUGGUGGUAAAGAUUGUGAAGGGGUUCCACUGGAAACCAAAGUUUGCAACCCCAACAAAUGUGGUACUUAUUGUGAAGGUGGCCGUGUCUAUGACCCUGACUGUGCAACUCGUUGCCCUUUGACCUGUGCUGACCUGCAGCUUGGGUCACUCUGUAUUGAGGAAGCAUGUGAGCCUGGUUGCCGGUGUCCUGACGAUAUGUUGGAGCAGGAUGGGGAGUGUAUCUUGCAGAGGGAUUGUGAUUGCUGGGAUGAGUCAGGGCACAGACAUGCCCCUGGCUCUUUUACAGUAGAAGACUGCCGCAAUUGCACUUGUUUAAAUGGUCGUUACACUUGUGUUGAGAUCCCAUGUGCUGUGGAUUGUAGUUGGACUGCAUGGACGAAAUGGACAGACUGCUCGAAAACAUGCGGAACAGGCUCUCAACUCAGAUUCAGAUCACCCAACAAUCCAGCAGCAUCUAAUGGAGGUCUUGAAUGCUACGGAUCCAAUCAGGAGGAACAAAACUGUAACGUUGAAGAUUGCCCUUCAGGUUGUAUAUAUGGCAAUGAGACGUAUGCUGAUGGGGAAAUUGUGACUCGGGAUAUGUGCAAUACUUGCACAUGCGUGAACAGUGUCCUCAAUUGUACCGAGAAUGUAUGCGACGGUGGUUGGUCAACAUGGUCUCCAUGGUCUAUAUGUAAUGCAACAUGCAAUGGCGGAAUUACGGUACGAUCACGAUCUUGUUCAUUGCCACCUCCAAGUAAUGGAGGAGCUGUGUGCGAAGGUGAUGGGAUGGAGGUUGAAGAGUGCAAUACAGACCAAUGUCCUGUUGAUGGCGGGUGGUGCAGUUGGUCAUCAUGGAGUAAUUGUAGCAAAGAUUGUGAUGUUGGCUCCAAGGAACGCUCUCGUGUUUGUGACUGCCCAGCAACUGCCUAUGGAGGCAAAGAAUGCCCAGGAGUAGAUACAGAGCAGAUGGAUUGUAAUGUAGAUCCAUGUCCUGUUGAUUGUCAGACAGACGAAUGGUCGGACUGGAGUUCUUGCUCAGCCACAUGUGAUGGUGGUACAUCAAAAAGGUAUCGUAAUAUCACCGUGCCUGCUCAGUAUGGAGGGGAGAAAUGCCAAGUGGCAUUGGUAGAGAUGAAACAUUGUGGAGUGGAACCUUGCACAGUCUGUGAGGAAGGCUUGGCUGAAGAUGAAUGUGCCAAUCGAUGUCCAAGUAACUGUGCUGAUCUGCAGAAUGGGGCUGUGUGCAUAGUUGAGAACUGUACCAAAGGCUGCCAUUGCCCAGAAAAUAUGGUUUUACAAGAUGUCCAGUGUGUGUAUCAGCCUGAAUGUCGCUGUGUCUUAGAUCUAUUCAUCUUAGGUCUUGAAUCUGACAAGAUUGUCAUUCCCGAUAAUAUCGGCUCCUUUCAACUUACUGAUGGCUCCGUUCAGUAUCAGCCAGGGGCAACCAUUUAUCAUCAAUGCAACAAUUGUACUUGUAGCAGCGGCUCAUUUGUGUGUACUGACUUGGAUUGUAAAGUGGACUGUGGUUGGAGUGAAUGGUCUGAAUGGUCUGAAUGUUCAGCAACUUGUGGUCGAGGAGAUAGUGGCAAGUUCCGACGGAGAUUCCCCAAUAAUCCCCAGGCAUCACACGGUGGGAUGCAGUGUGAAGGGGAUAAUGUUGAAUAUGCAGCUUGCGAUCUUGAAGAUUGCCCUUGCGGUGACAAUGAAUUCUGGAACUAUCAAACCACGAACUGCUCCUCAACCUGCCAUGAUCUUCAUGGCACCCUAAUUGCAACUUCAGAGCCUGUCACCUGCAGUGAUGCUCUUCAGGAAUCAUGCACCUGCUUACCUGGCUAUUAUCACAAUAGUUCUGGCAAGUGUGUCUUGCCCAAAGAGUGCGAAUGUUGGGAUAAGAAUGGUGUGAUGCGUCGCCAUGACGAUGUGUGGAUGAAGGAUGAGUGUACCAUCUGCAGUUGUGUCAAUGGAGAGAUGGUUUGCAAAAGUGACUGCCAACCGGUCAGCUGCCCUGCUGGGCUUGCACCAGUCUUUGACGAUAGUCAGUGCUGUCCAGUUUGUCGCAAAGUUUCGGAGCCAGAGUCUUGCAGCUUAAUCCAUGAAAGCCAGACAGUAACCAACUCGCUCGGCUGUAUUGCUCACAAUGUCAGUGUUGCAUCAUGUGAUGGGCACUGUCGGUCACGAUCACACACUGUCCUCCUCGAGCCUUACAUCCAACAGGAUUGCAGCUGUUGUCAUGGUGAUGUGGAAUCUGUCACGUUGAUAACGUUGAUCUGUCCAGACGGUACCACAGCUCAGGCUCCUAUCGCUCAAAUUGCUCGAUGUCGAUGUAAAGAGGCCCUUUGCUCCCUAGAAGUGCCUCAAGCUACUGUUCCUGUUCUCUGAGAGACAACUGAUGAAGAGGAAGGGAGUGACUGUGUUGCAUUGACUACGGUCAAAUUCUUAGUAAAAAAUUCUUCUAUUUAGAUUUGUUGGAAUAAAGUUGUUUAGUUCCGUGAUGUAACGUGAGAAAUUAUUUGAAAGCAUUUUGAUCAUUAUCGCAGAACUUUGUUCUUAGUUACCUUAAAUUUAAAUCCUGACUGUAUAUGCAUGAGUAAUAAAUGUAUGAAAAUUAUUGUAUUUUAUUCCAAUAUUUUUUUUAUAUAUUUUUUUUUUAGCUUGGCUUAGAGCACAGUUAACAGUUUCAUGCCCAAUCUACAUUUUAUUUUAAAUCUUACAAGUGUAUGGAUUAUAAAUUUCGGGCAAGACAAAAAAACAUUAUGUUUGAUAAUGAUGGUCUCCAAAUGUACUCUCUAGACGGAGUGAAGAAAGACGUACCAUUUGCAUGUACUUGUUGAAGUACGAAAAUUGAACAGAACGUGCCAGAUUAAUUGAGCUUUAUUUGUGUAAGUUCAUUUUCAGCUGAACUUCAUGAUAGAAAUGAUAUUCAAUCGAUCCUUGGUAGCGGCAAUAAUUUGUAGACCUUAACCUUGUCCGAAUGACUUGGCUACGGCAAGGUUUAACACACGUGACUAUGGAGGGCAGUGUUUAGCUGCUACAAUUUUUGUCCUUGGACCUGUUUUCUCCUUGCAUCUAAGUCAUGCAGAUGCGGUCUCACUCCUGAGAACCUAAUGUGUAUGACGUCUCAUAGGCAGGUUUUCAUUCAAUGACUCAGUUGGUGAUUCUUACUAUCAGGUGAAUGAUUUCUACAUCUGUAUCUCUUCUGUAGAGUCACUUCAGUAACCUGAAUAAAAUAUCA